AUGUCUCCUACAUUUCGCCCCACGCGACUACCCAACAUUAGUCAACUUGACGCCGGGCUCACAUCUCAUUUCGCUCAGCCUGAUGCGAUUCGUCCCGUCCUCGGCCUCCCGGGCCCUGCGGCCAAAGUUCGGCGACAUUCACUCCCAUAUUCCGAUCCUCUCUUCAAAUCCUCCGCCCAGGUCUUGUCUGCCCCCUUCGGAACGCCGUUACCGUCAGCGCGAUAUGACCCAUACCGCUUGAAGAAUCCAUAUCUUACGGCUCACCGAGGUCCCGACCGGCGUUUUGCAAUUUUACAGCAUUACCCCUUGGCCCUUGCUCGUAUGCACGCAUAA